UUUACCUGAAAUGGGUUUCCCCGACAAGUGACGUCUACUAAUUAACAGUCAUAUAAAAUGUCAAUCGGCAAUUUUGUUUUCAUGUUUUGUUAAAUAUGCAAAGUCUCAAAAGAAUACUCGUGUACCUGUUAUUGUGUAUCAACCCAGCAUGGACCUCAUUACGAAACUCUCAAAUGAAUUCCCUCCUCUCCGAAACCAUUGAUGCUCCCAAGUCAUCGGCUAAUGUCCCAUCGAGAGUGCCAUUCAGAGAGAACAAAAUUUCACCAAGUAGGGGACGUUUUCCCAGCUUUGAACGGAUAGAUAAUUCGAGGAGGCCGUUGGAACCGAGAAGAGAUUCCAUUGCUCCUUCCGUCGCGGAGGUGAAAAGCGCCAUCAGCGAAGUUCAAUCUGUAGUUCGAAAGGAGGCUCAGCUUGAUAGACAGCUUUUUGAACAAAAAAUUGACCUUCCAAACCAGAACACAGCCGGUUUUGGACCACAUUUGCUGACCACUUCGGAGGCUCAGAACAUUGCCCAGCAGUCAGCUACUUUUAUCGGCAGUGUUGCAAGAGCGAUUGAGAAAACACAGAGUAGAAGAGCUACUCUCUCAAGGUCAUUUGUACCCAACAAAGAUGUUCUGUCUCGCAUUCCUGAAAUCCCUAAUCUAUCGGUACAGUUCAGACCCUUUUGCCCAUAUAAUAGCAAACCAUCUUGCCAAACUACUGCUAAAUAUAGGACUGCUGAUGGAACGUGCAACAACUUGAAUAAUCCACUUUGGGGGCGAUCUCAAACGCCCUUUGAACGAUUUGUAUUUCCAUUCUAUGAAGAUGAUGUUCAGGACCCAAGAAGUCGGGAUGUAAAUGGGAGCCCGCUACCAGGUCCAAGGGAAAUAAGCAUUGCUGUCCAUCAAAGGAGUACAAACACACACGUCAUGGAUCUCUCACAGUUCACCAUGGAAUUUGGACAAUUCGUCAGUCACGAUAUCCAAUUUAAUGCUUUGUCAAAAGGUUACUUAAACUCAAAUCUCAAUUGCUGUGACAGGAAAGGUUUGAACAGAUUAAAUUGUUUGCCAAUUUCCUUACCAAAAGAUGAUCCUUAUUUCGCAUCUUUUAAAAGGACUUGUAUGAACUUUGUUAGAUCUUUACCAUCAGCAGCUUUAGACUGUAGUGUCGGCCCGCGUCAACAAAUUAACCAGAACACCCACUAUAUUGACGGCUCAGCUGUUUACGGCUCCGAUCAGAACACAAUGAAUUCAUUAAGACUAAAAAGAGAUGGUAGGUUGCAAUCACACCAAAGUUCUCCUGUUCUGAAUUCAAAAACGACAUUGAUUUUACCAAAUGGGAUUCUUGUAUUCCCCGACAUGGUGGAUGGUCGUCAUGGAGACCACUUGGUAGAUGUGCUUUUCGCAGAUCAUGCAAUAGUCCUUCACUAA